GGCAGAACUUGUAGUCCUCCGCGGUGUGCCGCCGCAAAGGAAGAACUGGGCUCAGACUGGAGCGGAUUAUCUCACUCAGCAGACCUUCUGUUGGAAGAGGGGAGCGUCUGAGUUGGAAAAUAGAAAAACUAACAAAAAACAUGAAGAACGAAGGCAUAGAGGGGACAGAGAAGUUCCUGAGUCCGGACAGAGGUAGAGGCCUGCGGGCGGUGAGGCACUUCGCGGUGGGGGAGCUGGUGUUCGCCUGUCCUGCCUACUCCUACGUGCUUACGGUGAAUGAAAGAGGGGCUCACUGCGAGCACUGCUUCACCAGGAAAGAAGAUCUUUCUAAAUGUGGUAAAUGUAAGCAGGCCUACUAUUGCAAUGUUGACUGUCAGAGAGGCGACUGGCCCAUGCAUAAGCUUGAGUGCGUCGCCAUGUGUGCAUAUGGAGAAAACUGGUGUCCAUCAGAGACGGUCAGACUGGUGGCCAGAAUCAUCAUGAAACAGAGAGUCACGACAGAGCGGACCCCCUCAGAAAGACUGCUCCUCCUUAAAGAGUUUGAAGCACAUCUGGAUAAGAUGGACAGUGAGAAGGAAGAGAUGAACCAGGCGGACAUAGCAGCUCUGCACCAUUUCUACUCCAGACACAUCAGUGACCUGCCCAACGACCAGGCUCUCACUGAGCUCUUUGCACAGGUAAACUGCAAUGGUUUCACCAUAGAGGACGAGGAGCUCUCCCAUCUAGGAUCAGCUGUUUUUCCUGAUGUAGCACUGAUGAAUCACAGCUGUAGUCCCAACGUUAUUGUAACCUAUAAAGGCACAGUGGCUGAGGUGCGAGCUGUACAGGAGAUAAACCCAGGUGAAGAGAUCUUUAACAGUUACAUAGACCUACUGUAUCCAACAGAGGACAGGAGAGAGAGGCUUUUAGAUUCCUAUUUCUUCAUGUGCCAAUGUACAGAGUGCACCACCAGGUCUAAGGAUAAAGCAAAAAUGGAGAUCAGGAAGCUGAGCUCCCCACCAGAACCGAAGGAAAUCCAGUCCAUGGUUCUUUAUGCCAAAAAUGUCAUUGAAGAGUUCAGAAGAGCCAAACACUAUAAAAGUCCCAGCGAGCUCCUAGAGAUGUGUGAGCUCAGUCUGGAGAAGAUGGGAGCUAUUUUUGCAGACACCAAUGUCUACAUGCUGCACAUGAUGUAUCAGGCCAUGGGCGUGUGUCUCUACAUGCAGGACUGGGACGGCGCCAUGAGCUACGGCGAGAAGAUCGUUCAGCCUUACAGUGUUCACUACCCGGCUUACUCUCUGAAUGUGGCGUCCAUGUACCUGAAGCUGGGACGCCUAUACUUGGGACUUGAGAAGAAGUCUCAAGGUGUCAAAGCUUUGAAGAAGGCUUUGGAUAUCAUGGAGGUGGCUCAUGGAAAAGAUCACCACUAUGUAGCAGAGGUCAAACGGGAAAUCGUGGAGCAGAAAUAGAAGUUGAAAGUGUUGCUUUGGAACCUCUUUUAAAGCAACAUAUCCAUCUUCAAAAGCAUGGCAUGCAUCCUUCAUUACCUCUGUUUUUACACCUUUUUUAUGUCCCUACCUUACUUUGUGUGCAGAGUUCUUGCACAUUCUGACUGGAUUUUCAACUAGAUUUGCUUUAUUCAAAAAAUCUAUCAAAAAAUAAAGUAUUAAUGUUUUCUUUAAUAUCAUUGAGGCCUACAGCUGUGCGAUUAAAAAAAAAGACAAAACAAAAAAAAAACACACCAGUGGGGGAAAUAUGUCAUAUUCCUGCCUUUGAAGCAGCCUUCUGCAGAACCUAAGCUUUCAUCUGGUAGCUCCUUAUUCUGAACUCACAUUUGUGCUGUAGAGUCUAAAAUAACUCAAUGUUUUGUGGCUCCAUCCCCAGACUGUUUAACCAUCACGUUGGUGGUUUUUGCAGGAUUUUAAGCUGCAAUCUAACCCGAUCUAAGCAGUAACUAAACUGGUGAAUAUUUGUAAAGGAGGUUAUCACUCAUCACAGCCCAAGCUUUAGGAUUCUGCCUAAUGUUUGCCAACAGAGCACAGUUUACCAUCUCACUUGUUCUCUGUGAAACUGUGAUCAAACACAAAGAUUGACCAUGCAUCAGACACUCUGUAGCAACAGAGAGGAGCAUGAAAAGGACUUGUGACUCGUCUCACAGCUUGAUUUGGCUUGUUUUAAAGGAAGCAGAAGUCUGGCAUGCCUAACUUGUUAUGCAUUUCUUUAUCUUUAUGUCUGUUUUUAUCAAGUUAGUUGAUAAAGUCUUCUUCAUGUCUUCAAGAGGAUUUUUACUUGUCAAGAAUAAAAGCAAAGGAAUGCACGGUCACCUGAAGCUGAGCUCAGAGGGCAGUGCGUGAGCCACUGCUAUACCCUGAUAGAAAAUCAACGUAGCAAAAUUAAAACUAAGAAAAAAAAAUUAUGUAAUUAGUAUUUAAUCAGAAAAGAUAUACUUAUUUCAACUGUUGCUAUCAUAUAUAAGUAAACAUUGUUAAUGAUUUUAUUCAUAAGCUGGUUAGUUAGCUGUGCAAUCUGCUACAGUAGCAAGCCUGCACUGCCUAUCCUUUUGAGAAAGUCCAGCAUCUAACGGUUAUGAACACAAUGAAGCAGCCACUGCAUUGGGGGACCUUUUUUUUUCAUUUUGAAGAAGAUGACGCUCCAGACCAAUCAGCCUCUUUGGUUCCCUUGAUGUUCCUCUAUAUUUUAUUGCUUUUUUUGCAAGUUUCCAGAAAACUCUUCAGAUGCAAAUCCUCGUUUGUCUGGGUGUGAUGUUACCAUGUGCUUACAAUCAUUUUCCGAUGUAUAAACUUUAUGCUUUUUACUAACUUUGCACUACAGCUCAUCAGAAAAAUCAUCUAAACAGUUCAACCUCUGAAAAAACAUUAACUCAACAGAAUAGAUCCAAAACCAUCAAGACGAGUCUUUUUUCCUGAUAAUGUUUAAGCGUGGAGCUGGUGUCAAUUUGUGAAAUUGUAGCUUUCGUUGUUUGGAGUUAUCUGAAUCUGUUUCGCCACUGAUUGUCUUAUUUUUGUGUUUCAGCUCUUAGCUUGACAAGGCAGCGUGCAAUGAAAGCUUUAAUGCAAAGAUCACCUGGGCCUUAUCUAAGGGUUCUCCUUGCACUCAUGUUUUAUACUCUCCGUGUGACUAAAUGAUGUCAAAAGGCAAACUUUAACACGUUUGACUUUGAAGAAUCAACAAACCAAUAGUUACGCUGUCAAUGGGUUCUUAUCAUAAACCCGUAGCUUCUAUCCUCUUGCUCACAAUGCUCCACAUUGUGGCCUAGUUUGUUGGAACCCUGUAACGCGUCUCCUGUGGUUUUUAUUUGUAGCAACGUCUGCUUGUGACUUGGUCAACUGUAUUUAAAAAUGAUGCAUCCGGAAGGUGCCUACCUUACAGCAGCAGAAAAUAGAUUUCUGCAAGAAGAAAACAUGCAUAGAGGCUUUGCAUAAGCCGAACACCAUUUGGACCCUCUGUGCAGCAUUAAGUCAGGAUCUUUUUUUUCCUUUGGUGUUUAAAAAACUUGUUUUUUAUGCUUUGAAAUAAUUUCUGCAUGUUUACCAGACAUUGGUUAACUGAUAUGUGUUUUACUUAAAUAUAUUUGUUUCUGCAAUAAAGUACUACGCAUGAAUCUUAUUCUGUUGGAAUGCACAAAACAUCUGAGCCUGUUUAUUUUUUCUGUAUGUUUGAAAUGGAAAAUAAAUAAAAUACGAGAUUUUUUGUUCUCUC